CACGUCUCCCUCCAGUGGGUUUUCUGACUUUAGUGUGUAUUGACCACUGUGCUGUGCUAUACAAUAUUUGUGUGGCAAAAUAAAGUGCUCUUUGUUUCAUUAAAAUACCUCCAGUGUUACUAAUACAGCAAAAUGUCUCUAAUCAACGACAAGGAAAAUCUCCACAACGGAAUCAACAACGUGCAUAUCAAGUCACCCGUAAAGAGUAACGUACUCGCAGCACAAAACGGCAACGUAAAAGAGGAAAAAUCAGACAAAAUGGAUGUUGAAAAAACCGAGGACGCCCCCGCGUUUGACCCCCAGCUGGAGCCCCUGCUGCGCGAAAACCCUCGUAGAUUUGUUAUCUUUCCAAUCCAGUACAACGACAUUUGGCAAAUGUACAAAAAAGCUGAAGCAUCCUUCUGGACUGUGGAAGAAGUGGAUCUCUCAAAGGACAUGCACGACUGGGAGAACCUAAAGGACAGUGAGAGACACUUCAUCAAGCAUGUGCUGGCAUUCUUCGCGGCCUCGGACGGAAUUGUCAAUGAGAACCUUGUGGAGCGCUUCUCACAAGAGGUGCAGGUCACUGAAGCCAGGUGCUUCUACGGAUUUCAGAUUGCUAUGGAAAAUGUACAUUCUGAAAUGUACUCUUUAUUGAUUGACACAUACAUCAGAGAUCCUAAGGAAAGAGAUUUCCUGUUCAAUGCCAUUGAAACACUUCCUUGCAUUAAAAGGAAGGCUGAUUGGGCUCUACAGUGGAUUGGAAGCAAGACCGCAACCUUCGGAGAGAGAAUAGUAGCCUUUGCCGCAGUUGAAGGCAUUUUCUUCUCGGGCAGCUUUGCUUCCAUCUUCUGGUUGAAGAAGCGAGGCCUCAUGCCUGGCUUGACUUUCAGCAAUGAGCUUAUUUCCAGGGAUGAGGGGCUCCACACGGACUUCGCGUGCCUGAUGUUCAAGCACCUCGUGCAGAAGCCGAGCAAGGCGCGCGUGCUGGCCGUGAUCCAGGAGGCCGUGGCCAUCGAGCAGGAGUUCCUCACGGACGCGCUGCCCGUGCGGCUGCUCGGCAUGAACUGCGAACUCAUGUCCGAAUACAUCCAGUUUGUCGCUGACAGGCUGCUCAUGGAUCUCAUCGGUGAAAAGCACUACAACACGAAGAACCCGUUCGACUUCAUGAACCUGAUCUCCCUGGAAGGCAAGACCAACUUCUUCGAGAAGAAGGUCGGCGAGUACCAGAAAUGGGGCGUCAUGGCCAACCGCAUGGACAACGUGUUCACACUAGACGCAGAGUUUUAGCAGUUUUAGAAUUACUUAUUUGUAGUAUCUUUUGCGUACUCUAAGGCGAUGUUAAACUUUUAAUCGUUUUUCUAUAGGGAACUUUCUGUAUGAAAUAAUUAUUUUGUACUAUUAAGACAACACUUAAAACAACUAACAAAAUGUGCCAUUUUCAAUUAAAAGGGUACCUCUUGUCGCUUGUCAGUAAGGCGCUAUUUCCAUAUAGCUUCCAUUAGAAAUCAACCUUAUCGACAACCGACAAUGUGGUACCUUUUGGUUGAAAACGUCACAAAUGAACACUAAUAGACCUAAUAGUUUAAAAAAAAACAAGUGCAGUGAUAUACACGCAUCAGCUUUCAGCUGCUAGUGUAUUAAACAAUAUAAUAAUAAUAAUAAUAAGACUAAAAAUAAAUAAAGGAAUAAUAAUAAUAAGACCCUUGGAUAAGGCACAAUAUUAAAAUAAAUUGUGUAUUUUGUAUAGUUUUAGCAUUUUUACAGUGGCAAAAAAGAGUAGAAAUUAAAAAGUGGCAACACUGUAGUGUCGUCCCUUUCAAAUCAAUCUAAGAAAAACGGGACGACACUACAAUGUUGCCACUUUAAUUUCUACUCUUAUUUGCCAGACUUAUAGUUACUUAUUUGUAUCUUUUGCGCACUCUAAGGCGAUGUUAAGCUUCUAAUCGCUUUUCUAUAGAGAACUUUCUGUAUGAAAUAAAUUAUUUUAUACUAUUAAGACCCUUGGAUAAGGUACAAUAUUAAUAUAAAUUGUGUAUUUUGUAUGUAUGUUUUCUCGAUCGCUGAAAGAGCGAGUGCACGGACUGACAGUAUUAUUUGUUCCAAUAAUAGUUAAUGCUUAAAAAAUUGAUAAGAUAUCUACCGGUGGAGCCGGUACGGUUAUUAAUUUUUUUUUUUCAUAAAUUCUUGACAUAGAAUAUUGACUACUAAGAUAAUUGUCCUUCAUUGUAAGUACCUGGCGGACAUAGAGUAUAUUAAAUAAGUAUACAUUUAAUAAGAUAUUAAUUAAGAAUGAACUUUAUUCCUGCAUUUUGUACUUUUUUUUAAGAAUUACUUUGGAUUAGGUUCUUAACGCAAUUUUCUUAGAAUCGUAACGUGUGAUAAUAAUUAUAAAUAAAAUUUUACUCUUAAUGACUA